AAACCCUAACUUUUCUAUCUACUUGCCGGUCUUGGAGCUGUAUAGCGCAGAGAGAGAGAUAGAGAGGGGAGGAAGAAGAAGAAGAAGAAGAUGAAGUACAAUCCUAGGGUUUCGAGCUCCCGCCGGAAGAACAGGAAGGCCCACUUCUCGGCGCCGUCGAGCGUGCGCCGGGUUCUGAUGAGCGCGCCGCUUUCUGGAGACCUCCGGUCGAAGUACAACGUCCGGUCGAUGCCGGUGCGCAAGGAUGACGAGGUCCAGGUGGUGAGGGGCACCUACAAGGGCCGUGAGGGCAAGGUGGUGCAAGUGUACCGCAAGAAGUGGGUCAUCCACAUCGAGCGCAUCACUCGCGAGAAGGUCAAUGGCUCCACCGUCAACGUCGGCAUCAACCCCUCCAAGGUGAUGAUUACCAAGCUCCGCCUCGACAAGGACCGCAAGUCGCUCCUCGACCGCAAGGCCAAGGGCCGCGCCGCCGCCGACAAGGACAAGGGCACCAAGUUCACCGCCGAGGACAUCAUGCAAACCAUUGAUUGAUCGGAUCUAUUGGUAUUUCCUUUAUUUCAUUGAGUUGAGAUAAUAUAUAGAUGUCUGCAUGUAUUUGAUGGAUUUUGUAAUGAGACAUCGUUUGGAUUUGGGAAUUAAGGUUUACUUGACUCUUUUUUGAGAGCAUUUUGAUGAA